CUGACGGGGCGGGGCGGAAGCGCCUUCUUGGUUCCCUCCAUCCCACCCUAGCGCGGCGCUGGCGCUCGCCGGGCUCCUCGGUGGCUUCAAACCCAGAGCUCCGCAUCCUCCCGCUGCCGCCCGGAUCGGGCCCCAGCUUUUAGUGCCAAAAGAUGAGUCGAGGAUACUCAGAAAACAAUAACUUUCCAUAUGAUAAUAAUCAAAUGGUUUUGGACAUGAUCCUGUACUCUCUAAUCGGUGUCCCUCAGCCUAUCAACUGGGACAGUGUGGCAAGGCUGGUUCCAGGAUUUACAUCCAAAGAGUGUGCAAAAAGGUUUGAUGAACUGAAAAGCAGUGGAAGUUCACCUGUUGACAACCAGUACAAUCCAUUAAUGGCUACUGGUGGGAGUCCUGUUGAAACCCUAGCUACGUACAUCAAAUCCUCUCUGCUGGAUACACAGGGGGAGUUUCAAGAGCCUUCCAUUGGGCAGAAUUCAAUUUCCAUAACUGGAAGGUCCAGUGUUGCUUCCACAAGAAAUUGUUCUUCAGAAGCUGAGAAACAUUCUGCACAUAAAGGCGGAGAAAAUGCUGAUGAAAGUCAAGGGCCAAAUAUGGUGAUCCACGUGUGUGACGAAGCAAAAAAUUUGAAGGAAGAUUUUGUUUGUCCUCGAGAUCUUUUGAUUUCUGAAAUGAAGUACUUUGCUGAAUAUCUGUCUGUGGAUGCCCAGCGCUGGGAAGAAGUGGACAUUUCAGUUCACUGUGACGUUCACAUCUUUGACUGGUUGAUAAGAUACGUUAAAAGGAACACUAAGGAAUAUGAAGUGUAUGAAAUACCCACUUUAGAACCAGGAAAUGUCAUUUCAAUUCUUAUUUCUUCUGAGUUUCUGAAGAUGGAUUCCUUAGUAGAAAAAUGUAUUCAUUAUUGCCACAAAAACAUGAGUGCUAUCAUAGCCACCCCAUGCAAUAUGAACUGUGUCAGCGGUGACCUCCUUAAGCGUAUAGCUGAUCUUUUCACACACAAUGAAGUGGAAGAUGUGAAGGACAAAAAAGAUAAAUUUAAGAGUAAACUUUUCUGCAAGAAGAUUGAGAGACUGUUUGAUCCAGAGUACCAGAAUCCAGAUUCUCGGGGAAAUGCAGCAACAUUGUACAGAUGCUGUUUAUGUAAGAAGCUUUUAACUAAAGAAACAGAAAGAAGAGUCUCUUGUGUUCCAGGAAAAAUCAACAUAGAUCAACAUGGAAAUAUUAUUUAUGUUCAUAUAAGAGAUAAAACUUGGGAAGUCCAUGAGUACUUGAUCAGUCUUUAUGAGGAAUUAAAAUCUUGGCGAGAUGUGUACUGGCGCCUCUGGGGGAUUAUCAAUUGGCUGAGUUGUUCAAGAUGUAAUCAAUCUUUCCUAUGUACUGAAUUUUCUCACUGCCAGUACCACACACAGCCAGUUCUUUAUCCUGGUGUGGCAAGCGCAUUGGGUACAUCUGGCACUGGAAUAUAUCCCUGCUGUAACCAAAAAAUUCUUCGAUUUGAUCCUACUCCACUUCCAAAGGGCUGUAAAGUGCGGGAUCAUGUGAUCGGUUUACCGGCUGGAGGUGAAGGUGGGGAUACUCUGCCAUAUCAAACUACUAAAAUAUUGAAUGAUCUGCUUCAGCAUAGAGAUGUUGUUGUUGUACCUUUUUCUAAAGAUCAGAAUAGUGAUUCUGGGAUUGGGCUGUGUGAUGAGAGAGAGAUUGAAUGUGAUGUGCUGUUAGAACCAAAUACACCGUGGGGCCCAAAAACUGGAGAAAUCAAUGCUUUUCUUUCUCUGAAAAACUGGACUCUACAGCUGAAACAACAGUCAUUGCUAUCAGAAGAGGAGGAGUAUACCACUGGCUCAGAGGUCACUGAGGAUGAAGUGGGGGAUGAAGAGGAAGUAUACAAGAAACCAGGGAGAAAAGAAAAGCCAAAGAAGUUAAUCAAACAUCCAAAGAAACAAGUUUCUUCACCUAGUGUUCAAAAAAAGGAGAAACCAAUGGAGAAGUCAAAUUCUCGAGAUGCAUCUCCAUUCAUUGUGAGUAUGCAGCAGAAUAAGUGGGAUGCUUCUAGAUCACUGAGAUUCAACCAAGAUGCUCAAAGAGAAGACGAUCAGCGAAGGAUGUGUGAGAUAACAGGGCACCUAAUAAAAAUGAGGUUGGGAGACAUGGACCGGGUCAAGUCAAAGGAAGGCAAAGAACAUGCAGGUGGCAUUUACUCUAGACUUGAAGCUCAGAUUAAGGCCUCAGCGCAAGUCAGUGCUCGACAAAAUAGCACAGAGAAAAACAUAAGGUCUAAAUCUCGCUUUGGUCAAGGCCGUCCGACCUAAGGAACCUCAGGAAGAAACCAUAGCCAGAAUUCAUUGCUGCUUCCUGGAACUGUACUGUACUCCAAUACGGAGAAUGUAUUCUCCAAAAGCUUUUAAGUGACUUAUUUAUUAUUUAUUACUGUAAGCCAUGUAAAUUAUUCUGCUAUGAUGAAUGAAUGCAAAAUCCAGAAAGGUCUAAUACUUAUUUUAAUUGUAAAUACAGUUUCUUAGAUUGCUUUUUUAGGCUAUUGUAUAGAGUGGUGCUUAUAAACUACUCUAGGCCAUCACUUUUAACUGCUAGACAUUUUAAAAUGAAGAAACUACUGAAUUAUGAGUGCAAUCAGCAAUGUUUAAAUGCAUCAUCUAGUAUUGUGAUUUGAAUUAUACAUCUUGAGUCUGGGGGGUGAUCUUUAUCUUGCUUACACUGGUUUGACUGGUGUAACUUUAUUGAAGUCCAUGGAAUUACUUCUGAUUGACAAGGAUAUACGUGAAAUCAGAAUCAGGCCCCUAGGCUUUCCUCCAUGUGUCCACACAACUUCCAUUCAUGCUAAGGUGAGCAUCAAGGGGGAUUAGACCCCUAAAGAUCACAUGAAACGAACCUACUGAGGGUAUGAUAACUUUGCAUCUUGCAUGAGGCAUUCAUUUUCUCAACUUUACUGCAUGGAAAACAGCAUGUUCAUUCUCAUUUUGCUCCUGACUCUUCUCCUGCAUCAUACAGUUCUUUGUUCCCUUUUCUUGUCUGAGCUUUAGAGGCAUAGUAAAGCAGUUUCUUCCUUUAGUGAUACCAGUGCCACUGUAUCUUUGCUAGCAGAGGUGGUGUAAGUUCUGUACCUUUUGAAAUGAAAGGAAAUCACUUUGAGGCAUCUUGUCUUUGUAGAUCUGGCCAGAAAGUAUGUUUCUAGACCUGCCUGAAUAAUCCUAUUUGGCAAUAGAAUAUUCUGAUGUGGUUCUACUGGAGCAGUAGCGUCCAUGUUUGUUUUAGUGCACAGUCCAGUAGUACCAGAAUGGAACAACUUGCCUGGGAAAAAAUUGUGUUUAUUCAAAGGAAAUUGCAAUAAAGCAGUAUUUUGAAAACCAUGUUCUAAUUUUUCUAAGCAGGCAAAAAGAGCACUCAGGGAAAACUUAUUCCAGACCAUAAUCAUUCAAUAAAAUGUGUUUGGAAAUAAGCUCAAGAUCUCUGGGGAAAAAAAUCCUUCCUUAAAAGGUAUUCUCUAUUUGCAGGCCUUUAUUUGCCUUGUUUCUAGAAUUUUUCUAAUAAUUUAAAUUGGAAAUUAGGCAUGGUGGUGAUUGAGAGAGGUUACAGGUUCAUUAAAAAUAAGUGGUAGCUCUGUUUACAUGUGUUCCUUAGAGUUAACAUCAAUCCAAAAUUCAUUGAAACCAAUGGAAGGACGUUUGUUGACUUCAGUGACCUUUGGCCUGGGGUAUGAUUGGUAGGUGCAGCAGUGCUUUAUCUUACAGUCAGAAGAGACAUGGCUUUAUCAAAACCUAUUUGUUUGUUUGCCAAAAAAAAAUCAGUUUUGUGUAUUAAAAUUUGCGUUUAUACUAAAUAUUAUUUGAAAAACUCAUUUUCUUAGAAAAUGGUUUACAAUUCACUGUGCAAAAAUGUUAGUUUUCUAGCUUGCAUAGAAGACUGUCUAAAGCUGUACAUGUAAACUUUGCUAUGCAAGUUGCAAAUUGAACAAGGGUGUGUGUGUGUGUAAAAUUUUUUAAAACUGCUGACUUGAAAAAGGGAAAAUUCUCUCCAGGAGGGGAAGUCUAAUGGUUAUAGCUUAUGUCAAAAUGUCAUUUUUACAUGCCAGUAUCCUUCAUAAUAUUCUAUUCAAAACUAACUUUUUUUUCUUUUUUAAAAACAUAUGCCUGUAAUGUAUGUAGUGGAAGUGCAAUUCAUAUUUUUUAUUAAGUUUUAGUAGUAGUUUCUUUGACAAAUUCCAUUAACUUUUAUCCUGUAUUAACUUUGAAGUCAUGUCUCAGUUUAACUGAAAUAAAUGUUACUGAUUUUAAAAACACUUUAUUUUUAGUAGACUUUCAAAGUCAAAUACAUUAUAUAGUGGGAAAUGUUGUUUCUGAUUCAGAUAAUGAUUCUUGCAUGUCAUUGUCCCUUCCUCAAAAAUGUAUAG